AUGCAGGACUACAACUACGUGUAUGGAAACUGUCUUGAAAUCACCAUGGAGCUGAGCUGCUGCAAAUAUCCCCCUGCUUCCGAGCUCCAUAAGGAAUGGGACCUGAACCGGGAAUCCCUUUUAGCCUACAUAGAGGCGGUGCACAUGGGCGUCCGUGGGUUUGUGAAAGAUGUGGUCAGUGGAGCUGUCCUCAGCAACGUCAGCAUCGUGGUAGCGGGGAAUCGCCACAACCUGACCACUGCAAAAUACGGAGACUAUUACCGCCUUCUGCUUCCAGGGACGUACAAUAUCACAGCUGUGACACCAGGGUACUUACCAAUGACAAUCAACAGUGUUCAAGUGGCUGAGGGUAUAGCCACUGAACUUAACUUUACUUUGUCACCUAUGGCUGGUGAGACUACAGGUGACACCACCCUGGCUACAACCUCCGAGCCAUCCACCAGUCACCCAGCAACUACAGUCUCUUCUACCUUAAACAAGACUCAGGUGGUUUUCACAGAAGGAAACAAGAUCAAUCCUCCUGUGCACCAGCCCAUCCAACCCAAAGAGUUUCGUCACCACGACUUUGCAGACAUGGAGCUUUUCUUACGCAAAUACAACAGCGAGUUCUCCUCCAUUACCCACCUGCACUCUAUUGGCCGCUCGGUGAAAGAUCGGGAGCUGUAUGUGAUGAUCAUCUCGGAUAACCCAAAGGUUCACGAGCAUGGUGAGCCCGAGUUUAAGUAUGUGGGCAACAUGCAUGGAAAUGAAGUAGUGGGUCGAGAGUUAUUGCUCAACCUCAUUGAGUAUCUGUGCCGUAACUAUGGUACCGACUCAGAGGUCACUUGGCUGGUCAACAACACACGCAUUCACAUCAUGCCCUCCAUGAAUCCCGACGGCUACGAAGAAGCCACUGAAGGUGAUGUGAAGGGCUACAAAGGACGCAACAACAGCAACAAAUUUGACCUGAACCGUAACUUUCCUGACCAGUUUGUCACCAUCACAGACCCCAGACAGCCAGAGACUCAGGCUGUCAUGGAAUGGGUGAAAAGCACGCCUUUUGUUUUGUCUGCCAACCUCCAUGGAGGCUCCUUGGUGGUCAACUACCCCUUUGAUGAUGACAAAGAGAGAAUUCGUGGUAGUCAUUAUAGCAAGUCACCUGACGAUGAGGUCUUUAAGCAAGUUUCGAGAGCCUACUCUGAGGAAAAUCCUCUUAUGCACAAUGGACACCCUUGUGAGAACCUGUACCCUCAGGAAUAUUUCCAGGAUGGCAUCACGAACGGCGCUGAGUGGUACACAGUCCCUGGUGGCAUGCAGGACUGGAAUUAUGUCAACACCAACUGCUUUGAGGUGACCAUCGAGCUGGGCUGCAUCAAGUACCCCUGGGCCAACGAUCUGCCAAAAUAUUGGGAACAAAACUGGCGAGCCUUGCUGAAGUUCAUCCAGCAGGUUCACACUGGAGUAAAGGGUACAGUUACUGACUUUAGAGACGGGUCAGGAAUUCCUAAUGCCACCAUCAGCUUGAAGGGAAUAAACCACAACAUCACUACAGCUCAGACUGGAGAUUACUGGAGACUGCUGGUCCCUGGGACCUACUCUGUCACUGCCACUGCCCCUGGUUACAAACCCGUGUCGAUCUACGCCACGGUCUCAAAGGAUCACGCAGAGGUGGUGGACUUCAGACUGGCUCGAUUUGACUCCGACAAUAAUGUCCAGACUACCAGUGGUCCUAAGACCACACAGAACCCAUCUGAAAAGGAGCUGCAGGUCCUAAUCAGUGAGCUCUCUGUAGACGGAGGUUUGGAGCAGCUGGUCAUGAGCACAGCCUCUGACAACAGCCUCCACUACAUAGGCUCUAAUGACCUCUUCAACUACUUAAGAGGCCUCACACUUAACUUUUCCAAUAUUACUAAACUCCACAGUUUGGGCCAGAGUGUGGAGUUCAGAACGAUUUGGGCUCUGGAAAUAACCAACAACCCAGAAGAAGCUGAGCCGUCUAAACCAAAGGUCCGCUUCGUGGCAGGGAUCCAUGGGAAUGCACCCGUGGGCACGGACCUGCUGCUGGAGUUUGCUGCCUUCCUGUGCAUCAACUAUCACAAGAACCCAGCCAUCACCAAGCUCAUCAACGAGACCCGAAUUUUCAUUGUGCCCUCCGUCAACCCCGAUGGGCGAGAGCAGGCUCAGGAGAAACAGUGCACGUCCUCCCAGGGCCUGACCAACUCUAAUGACAUUGAUCUAGACAGUGACUUUUUUGGCAACGAAUCACAUCGUAUGGGUGAGCCUCAACCCGAGACGAGAGCCAUGAUGAAUUUCAUCCAAAACGGGGACUUCACUCUGUCUGUAACUCUGGACGGAGGCGCUCUGGUUGUCACCUACCCUUAUGACAAGCCUGUUCAGACAGUUGAAAAUGAGGGCACGUUGAAGUACCUGGCGAAGGUGUAUGCCAAGAACCACCAGAAGAUGCAUCUGGGAGAUAUUGCGUGUUCUAACAACGAGCAAAAGGGCAACGUCCCAGGUGGAGUUAUGAGAGCAGCCGUGAAACAAAGUCACACGGGGAGCAUGAAGGACUUCAGUAUGGACUUAGGACACUGUCCGGAGAUCACCGUGUACACGGGCUGCUGCUUGUUCCCUCCUGCUGAUCAGCUGGUCACUCUCUGGGCCGAGAACAAGAAGGCGCUCCUCAGCAUGUUGGUGGAGGUUCAUAAAGGAGUACGAGGCUUGGUGAAGGACAAAAGUGGAAAGCCAGUCGUUGGUGUGAGCAUCGUCCUGAACAGAAGAAUGAAGGUGUUCACCUCUAAGGGAGGCUACUUCCACGUCCUCCUCGCUCCGGGUAACUACAGCAUUGAAGCCAUUGCUGAUGGAUAUCAGAAACAACAACUUAAGGUGGAGGUGUCUCCUUAUGAAGCUGCUAGCUCCAUCGUCAUUGAGUUCGACUUGGACAGAAGCAUCUUUGGCUUGCCCAGAGAGUUUGUUGUUGCCUGUGCGGCGGCAGCCAUGACGGCGCUGGUGAUAACGGCGUGCAUCAUCUGGUGCGUGUGCGCGGCCAAGUCCAACCAUCAAAAAGACGGCUUCCACCGCUUACGGCAGCACCGCGACGAAUACGACGACGAGGUCCGGCUCAACUCCAUGGGCUCAAAGAAAUCCCUGCUCGCCAACGAGUUCCAGGAUGAAAGUGAAAGUGAAGAGGAGACGCUGUACGCCAACAAAAUCUGAAGACAUCUGCACCAGUUAGACUCGGUAUUUUUUUGUCUGUUUUUGAGCUCCCACCAGAGUCAACUUACCAACAUGGAACUAAACGAACUCCAGACCGAGCAGCUUCUGUUUAUCGACGAAAGACUGAUGAAGCAUUUCUUUCGGUUAUGCCUUUAAGUUUUUAGAGCUCACUUCCUCUUACUUGGGUGCUGCUAAAUCAGAGAAUCCUUCAGGACUGAGGGUUCACGUUUUGUUUCAGCUUGGCUGAGAGCAGCAGUAAUAAACAGUUUAUUUUAUCUUUAAGUUGUUGUGUUUCCGAGCCAUUCAAAGGCACUACUGGGUCAUUAUGUGUUCUGCCUGCCUCACAGGUCAAGCCAUCAAGUCCAAAUGAACUUAUAUCAGUGUCUCAUCACUAUGUAUUUGUCUGAAUACCACUUAAAGCUGGAUUGUUAUUUUUGUUUAAAAUAUUAAAGUUACACUGAAACGUCCGAGCGGAAAAUGGGAGAUUGAGCCCAUCAUUCAGUGCCUUGGC